AUGCUUCGAAACUCAGCUUCUCUCUGCCGUUCACUUGUAGUCAUCAGUAAUGCUGGACGCUGUGCAUCAGCGGCAGCAUCUGGAGCUCCUGCUGGCAAACGCAUAAAAACUUUCGAAAUUUAUCGGUUUAAUCCUGAGAAGCCGGAAACAAAACCGCAUCUUCAGAAAUUCGACGUUGAUUUGGAUCAGUGCGGUACUAUGGUCUUAGAUGCUUUAAUUAAAAUCAAAAAUGAAGUUGAUCCAACUCUGACUUUUCGACGGUCAUGUCGUGAGGGUAUUUGUGGAUCUUGCGCCAUGAAUGUAGGAGGACAAAAUACAUUGGCUUGUAUUCGCAACAUUGACACCGAUACUAGCAAAACGACCAAAAUCUAUCCCUUACCACAUAUGUACGUAGUAAAGGACUUAGUUCCAGACUUGAACCUAUUUUAUGCACAGUACGCAUCAAUUCAACCAUGGCUGCAGAAGAAAAAGAAGAUUAGUAUAGGAGACAAGCAACUUUAUCAAACGAUUAAGGAACGCGAGAAACUGGAUGGCUUGUACGAGUGUAUUUUAUGUGCAUGCUGCAGUACGAGCUGCCCUUCAUAUUGGUGGAACGCUGACAAAUAUCUUGGGCCGGCAGUGCUUUUGCAAGCAUACAGAUGGAUUAUCGAUUCUCGUGAUGAUUUUCAUAGAGAACGGCUAGAGCGCAUGCAAGACGGUUACAGUGCGUUCAAGUGUCACACCAUCCUCAACUGUACGAAGACUUGCCCAAAGCAUUUGAAUCCUGCAAAAGCGAUUAGUGAAAUUAAGAUGUUGUUAACUGGUCUCAAAGAGAAACCUGCGGCAGUAGCGGCUCCUGCAGGAUUUUAA